CGGAGACAUUGCUCAGACUGUCUUCUGCUACGACGAAGGAAGACACGACAAAGGCUCACUGUUAGGCCAUAUCUAGUUCCCUUCAACGAUGGAAGAAUUAUAGUUUCAUUGCGUGUUCUUAGGAGGCAUACGGAAUUCUGCAGCGACAAGCGAGUAGAAGUCCAACAUGAACGCAAGCAAAGAAACUCAUGACUUGAGCAGCACUUCUGCGGAGGGAGGGGAAGGGAGUGACCAAAGCAUGUCUGACAGUUGGACUGUACUUGACUCAAGUCAUUUCAAAGAUGAUGGUGACUUGAGUGAUGCUGAAUCUGUUGAAGUUUUGGCAACUGAUGAGCCUGCUUUAACAGAUGAUACCUGUUCAGAGGGAAUGUUUUUUGGACCAACAUCUAGUGGGGUUCCAAGUACUUCAUCUGUAGAUUCUAGCAAGUCUAUUUUUGAAGAAACUAAAGUCAAUGAAAUUGAUUCAACACCGGAAGAACCAAACGUCACUCCAGCAGAAGAGGUUAAUGAUGAAUCGAACUCCAAUGCCACUGAGAAGCCUUCCAAUAAUACUAUUCCUCCAAGAAAACAAUACUUUUUUAAUGGUGCUCCUAUUGAAAUUAUCGGUGAAUCGUUUAGCACCAUUUUGUUGGAGCUUGCCAUCUAUUCACUAAUCAUUGACCUUUUUAUUUUGACCUAUUUUGGAUUCUCAUCAGUGACUGGAAUUUUUGAUAAACCAGGCUCUUCCCUUGUUAAGAUGUCCCCAUCUCAUCUGCAGUAUGAGAUGGAUCCUCUUGCUUUACAGCUGAGCCAUGUUCUGGCAGAAUGGAAGAAAAAUCCGCAGGAGGACCAUUCCCUUGACCGUCAUUUGUUGAAAACCCUACUUCUAUAUUAUGGUGGAAGCAGUGAGCUUUCUGCCACUCUGCAUUCUUUAACAGCUAAAGUUCAGAAGCAUAAUGGAUUUAUUCGACAUGUGGGUAAAGAUUGGCAAAUGAAUGGACAUCGUAAUCACUUGAUUGUAUCAGGACAUCUUGCCCAUUCAGUGGCAUGUAUUCUUGGGAAGCAAGACAAUGAUAAGUCACUCCCAGAAGAUUUAUUUAUGACAGUAAAUAGUACUAGUGAAAUAAUCAACCCUGAUUUUUCUCCUGAACCCAGCUUUUGGCUCAAUGACUGGCAUUUACCGCAGUAUUUCAAGGCAAAUGAUACAUAUUACCGUGUUGAAAGCAAACCAGUUUUACCUCCAAUGAGAAACUUGUUCUUAAAUCUUGGAUCAGCCAAGUGGAAUCAAUAUUUCUGGCAACUGUAUCAUCAUGACAUUGAGGGAAAGAAAAUAAAAGAAGAUAGAGAGGUGUUUCAGGCUCAGGGAGACAAAGUUACAGAAAAUGAGUUGGAAAGUGAGGAAACUGAGAGGUCCCCUCUUGAUCUAUUGUCUAGUGGAGACUUGAUAACUCUUGAAGAAUCAUCAGGAAAUGUUGAAAAUCUACAUGAAAACAUUGGAGAACAAAUUGAAGUCUUCCCUCGUUUUUUAAUCAAUGAAGAUUUCGAGGAGAUUGCUGAUGAAGUCGAAGAGAAGGAGCAGAUAGAUAACUGGGGAGGAAACUACUUUGAAGUUCUUGAUGGUGAAGAAUACUUAGGGGCCAAUGGGCCUUACCAGACUAGAUAUGUCUGCUUGGAUGAUAGCUGCAGACCAUACAAAGCAGUGAAGGGUGACGAAGUUCACAAGGCUGAGAGUAAAGGAAAAUUAAGUAGGCUGUUUGAGGAAUUAGCCUUAGACCAACCUAAAAUUGAUCAAGUAUCUGAAUGGUCCAAUGAAAAUCCUUCACAAGUUGAUGAUCAUGUUCAUGUCUCUAAUUAUGAUUGGCUGGAAGAUAAUUCUUUUCGUGAUGAGGAUCAUGUAUCUAAUUAUGAUUGGCCUGAAGAGAAUUCUUUUCGUGAUGAGAAUCCUGUUUCCAAUGAGUGGCUGGACAAAAAUACUUUUGAGGAAUCUAACCCUGAACUCUAUGAUGUACAGCCAGCCCAUCAGAAGAAAAGUAAAAUAGUUGAACUUUUUGAGGAGUUGUCAUCAGAUGAACUGAAGGGUGAGAAUAUAUUUGCAGGUCGGUAUAUAGAAAGUUCUCAAGAAUUUUUCAACCUAUUUGAUGACAAAGUUCCAAAUAAGGCUGUUUUAGAGAGCAAAGCAUUCAAAGAUUCUCAAAAUGAGGACUUUGUGAACUUAUUUGGUGACAUAGUUCCAAAUGCAGCUGUAGUAGAGAAAAACACGUUUGAAAAUCCUAAGAAAGGAAAAUUGGCUAUGCUGUUUGAGGAAUUAGCUUUGGAAGAGUCCUUAGAACAGAAACAGAAAGAUGGCCUGAUUGCUGAGUCUCCUACAAAAGAAAAGAAAUCUAAAUUGAAGCGCAGAUACAAAUUGCACAAGCAUGAUACUGAGAGUGCUAAAGGCAAAGGUAAGCAGAAGAAAAAAGAAAAGGGUAAAACACUUUUUGAAAAUGGAAAUUCUAUGGGUAAGAAAAAGAUGAAGAAACGCAAUAGUAUGAAAAAAGAGAUGAAAGUUGAAGAAUCUGAACUGAAUAACUACUCAAAUGUCAAUGAUAAGUUGUAUGUUGGGGGACGAAAAUCUUUUGAAGGAAGAAGUGAAGAUUGGAACACUCGCAUGGCUGAAGGAAGAGAAAAGUUACGGGCUUUAAGCGAGAAAGAGGAUGAUCAGAGCUGGCUGUUUGAACGAGCGAGAGCUCGCCGAGACUUGCGGGAAGAGACCUUUGUUCAGUGAUUAUUAAUGCUAUUUAUCUAUUGUCCAUUUCUUCAGAAGGGGAACCAGAGAAUGAUUUAUAAAUGCUGUAGGAAAGCUUAUGAGUCUGCUUGCUGAAUAUGAGAUUGUCUCUGAAAACUUGGUUUGUGUGAAUCAACUUUUCACUGAUUCAUUUAGUUUUUUUUUGUUUUUUUGUUUUUAUUUUUUAAUUUAUGGUUUUUCCUCACUUAGUUGUGGAAAGCCUGGGUAUCGCUCUCUUCAUCUCUCUCAUGGUAAUACAUUUAGUCAUUCAUUGUCUUGUGAUUAUAUCUUGUUUUGUGAUUUUUUUGUAUCUAAAUCUAGUUUUUUGUGGUUUCUUUGACCAUUGUUUCUUUUAGCAUAAAUAAGUAGGCUAUUUUCUGUGACAAGAAUAAGUUGUGAGCUAUCUUCAUUUUAAUUUUGUUCUUGACAUAUUUUCUUGGUUUUCUAAACCAUGUAGGAGGUUUGCUCUCUGAAUCAGAUUUUGGGCUAUUUUGGUUUGAAUAUAUGACAGGACCUUAAAAGUAUGUAUUCAUAAUUCUUGGUUUCCUUUACUUGUCUAAAAGAAGGGGGGGAGAAAUCGGUUACCUUCUUACUAACUCAGAGACUUAAUCUAAGGAGAUUAAUCAAUGUAUGCAUCUAAACCAAAGUAUACUUGUACAUCAGGAAAAAUGUGACCAUGAGAGUGUAAACAGUUAAUCACAAUAGCUGUUUGCAACACUUGUGCUACCAGUUUUCCGUUUUAAAAUGCCUGUGUAUUUGAUGUUUCCUACUGUUGACGCAUAGUCCUCCUGUGUUUAGUUUUGUGAUCAUUGGAUAUUAUCCAUGUACCUGUUUGUGAUAAGUUACUUAAAUCUGUGUGGACUUGUGGGCUUAUCUAUGUUUUGAUGGUAUUGUAUGGGUUAAUCCAUUUUUGCAGGUACUGAUAUAGAUUUAUAUAUACGUAAUGCAAACCUGCUUGCAUUCUUUGUAAAUACCUAGCGUUGUACUGCCUUUGCAUUGUCACAGUUUUUACUAGAAAGGGACACUUGUCACCUUCUUUCACUCUGACAGGCAAAGCACAUACAUAAUAUUUUAUUUUAAAAUCUGCCUCUAAAUUUGACAUGUCAGCCGUGGAAAUAUUCUUGUCUUAUUGUUAGAAAUUAAUGUGUAAUUUAGUGGUUGGAAUUUAUCUCACAUUUUAGUUGAUACUCAUUCACUGAGGUAGAGGUAGAGGCCUGGUCUGAUCUGUCAGUGUUGUCUUUGUGUUUUUGUUUAUAUCUACUUUGAUGAAAAAUCUUGAUGAUUUUUUUUCUCCGGUGUUUCAUUUUUUUGUACGUAGUGGGUUACAUUAAUUUGUUCCAACAUUAAUCUCAUGUGUGGCAUUGUUAUGCUCACUAUCCCUAAAGCUAAGGAGUGCCAAGUUACAUUAGAAGCACAAUUUUUAUGACUAUACGUCAUAAAUGUGCCAUUACUGAAGUUUAGAUUGUACAAAAGUAAUACCUUGGUAUAUGUUAUUGUAUGACCUUUCCCCUCAACUCUCCAUUAUACUUAUCAUGUCAUAGUUUAUUAUCGGUAUACUAGGCAUGUUAAAAUGUUAUAUCAAAACCCUCCCACCUUCAAGUAUUUCAUGUAGAACAUACUGUAGUAUUUAUCAUUUAACUCUUUAUAUAGUAAUCCAUGCCAGAGAAAAUAUGGCUGUCUAUUGUGUGAGUCUACUAACUAAUUGGGUAUCAAAGCACGCAAAUGAAAUGUGUUCUUCCUUUAAUUUGCCACUGCAAUGUAAUCUGGUGUUUUGUAGCACUCACAAUUGAAACUUAAAUUUUUAAAUUCUAUCUGCAUUUUAUUUUUCUUCGCCAAAAGAUGCUCUAUUUGGACCAAACGUUUUUGUCUAACGAUUUCGCCAUAUGGCAUGUUGCAUGUUGACCAAUGAAGCAAACAUCCAAUGAAUAGCAGUUUUUGACCAUGUUCAAGACAGGUAUGAUUUUUAUAAUAAUGUCAUGUUUCCCCUUUCUGUUGCCUUUAGAAAGAAACACUCAUCAAAAUGUCAUUUUUAUAAAAGCCUGUUUUAUUAUAUAAUAUAAAUGCACUUUGUGUCUCUAGAAGUGUUUUAGUCCCUCCAUUUUAUCUACUGAUGGAAACCUUAGUGCAUGUGUGUGUUUUUGUUUUGGUGUGUUUUGUGAGUAACAGUAUUUUAUUUCUUUUGAACCUUCUGUGAAUCUACUUAAGAUUUCUUUACCUGUUCUUCAGACUGCUCCUACUGCUAGUUUGAAAAAGGAUGAUUUCCUUGCAUUCCAUCAGCUUUCAAGUGAUAGAAGAGUUCAGCUUAUUUCUAAAAUUAAUAGAAUCCUGUAGGUGAAAAUAUAUUUGAUAGGAACAGUUUGCGUAAAUUAUUGCAGUACCAUCUCAAAGAAAAAUCAAUCUUAGAAGAUACAACAAAAUUUUUAUGUAUAUGAAUGUGGUAUCAAAUACUUCUUGUAUGAGGUGUAGAAGAUGAUUGGAUUAUGGUAGCAAAUAAGAGCUGCAUUGUGAAACCAUUUUUUUUUUUUUUUAUUGUUUUACUCCAGAAGUCUACUUAUGAUCUGCACCAAGCUACAUUAUUAUGCCUCAACACAGUAGUUUAACAGAUCAAAUUCAGCAUGUAGUUUAGUAUUUCAUAUUUGUUAGUUUCAAAAUUGUAGCAUAACAAAAUGACACUCUUUAAUAUUAAUUCCUGUGAUUUCAAGGAAAAAGUUAAGCUUGUUUUGCUAUCCUUUUCAUAACUUUAAGUGUGUAUUUGCAGGAAAAUCAUUCUUUUAGUUGACAUGACUUUGCUAAAGGGAGCUUUGUGGUUUCCAUGGUGUGUCUUAAUGCAUUUUAAUUCUGUGAAAGUUUUGAAAUUACUAACAUGAUAACGAAUAAAAUGUUUUCAAUGUACCAUCA